AUGUUUACCCUUCAAACUUUAUGCAGAGCUAACAAGAAUGUUGGUAUUUCAUUCAAGAAAUUGGCUUGUUACCAUAUGCGUAUUGGCGAAUUGAAAAGCCUCUAUGCCACUACAAAUAAUUUAAGACGUGGAAAUACUGCUAUUAUGAUCAUUUUAUCUCAAGCAUUGAUGGCUGUUGACUUCCAAGAGUUAUUCGAUUUAAGCAUUUAUGGUCACUGUUAUGGAGGUUUGGGAGCUUUGCGAAAGAUAAAGGUCACACCUAUUGACUGUUUCAUUUUAAUAACAGCCAAUGAUGUUUGUACAUCAUUAUGGCUUGGCGAUUGCGUUUAUCUAUCACAACCACCACCAGCUCCUAAACUUAAGAUUGGAUAUAUUUCUAGAAAUCUACAUUAG